AUGAUUUAUUUUCCUUCUGGGUUGUUUUUUUUUUUUCCAUGUUUAAGAAAACUGGCUCUGAAAUAUCAUCCUGACAAGAACCCAGACAAUCCAGAGGCUGCAGAAAAAUUUAAAGAAAUCAACAAUGCUCAUGCAACGCUGACUGAUUUGUCCAAGCGAAACAUAUAUGACAAGUAUGGGUCAUUAGGGCUCUAUGUGGCAGAACAGUUUGGUGAGGAAAAUGUUAACACCUACUUCAUACUCUCAAGCUGGUGGGCAAAGGGCCUGUUUGCAGUCUGCGGCCUGCUGACGGGCUGCUACCUCUGCUGCUGCCUCUGCUGCUGCUUCAACUGCUGCUGUGGAAAGUGUAAACCCAAAGCACCCGAAGGGGAAGAGCAUGAGUUUUGUGUGUCUCCAGAAGAUUUGGAAGAGCAAAUCAAAAACGACAUGGAAAGAGAUGGAGAAACACCUAUCAUGCUUCAGCCGACCAACGCAACCGAGAAGACACAGCUAAUAGGGGACAGCCACCGGAGCUACCGCACAGACACCUAG